AUGUUUCCAAAUGAGGCCUUACAGCACAAAGGAAUCCUUCAGUUGCUGCAGCAUUUUAGGUGGACAUGGAUUGGUGUUCUUUCUGGGAAAGAUGAUGCAGGAGAGAAGUUGGUCCGGGAUGCACUCCCCAUGUUUUCUCAGCAAGGAAUCUGCUUUGAUUUUAUAGAAACAUUCCCUAGCCUGGCAUUUUACAGUGAUUUUAUGGAAGUGAUGGAUAAAGGACUUGAAGUGUACAAAGUCAUCAUGAAAAGCGUGGCCAAUGUGAUCAUUGUGUACGGCAAGAUUCAGACUAUGACCUUUUUAAAAUCAUUUCUCCGUUUUGCAGAAGUGGAAGACAUACCCGUGCGCACCAAAAUCUGGUUAAUGCCAGCACAAAUGGAUUUUGCAACAGUAUCCUUUAACAUACACUGGGAUAUAAGUUUCAUCCACGGUGCUUUAUCUCUUACUGUUAAGUCAAAGAAAGUAUUUGGAUUUCAGGAGUUCCUUCAGAGCAGAAAUCCAACCACAGAAAGGGGUGAUGGCUUUCUUAGAGAUUUUUGGGAACAAGUUUUUGAUUGCUCAUUUCUCAACUCUAAGAAGGGAAAAGGCACUGAGAGAAUUUGUACAGGAGAAGAGAAACUGGAGAGACUUCCUACAUCUGCUUUUGAACUUAGCAUGAGUGGCUACAGCUACAAUGUGUACAAUGCUGCCUAUGCUGUGGCACAUGCUUUGCAGUCAAUGCGUUCCUCUAAAUCCCAGCAAAGAAAUUGGAUGGACUUGGGGAAACAGUCAUUUCAGGACCUACCAUCAUGGCAGCUCCAUCCUUUUCUGAGAAGUGUCUUCUUCAACAAUAGUGUAGGUGAAAAGAUUUCCUUUGACAAAAAUGGAGAAGUUAUUGGAGGAUUUGAUAUUAUAAACUGGGUCACUUUUCCCAACCAGUCAUUUUCUAAAGUGAAAGUAGGAAGCAUAGAUCCCUUUGCUUCUCCAGAAAAGGCCUUUAGUAUUCAUCUGGAUUCCAUCACAUGGCCAGAAAGCUUUAAUCAGACACUCCCCAUCUCUUUGUGUAAUAAUAAUUGCCAGAGAGGAUAUAGGAAGGCCAAGAAGGAAGGGAAACCAUUCUGUUGUUAUUAUUGCCUUCUAUGUCCAGAAGGGAAGAUUUCAACUGAAGAUGAUAUAGAUGACUGUUCUCCAUGUCCUGAAGAUCAAUACCCAAAUCACAACAAGGAUUUAUGUCUCCCCAAAGUGAUAACAUUCUUAUCAUAUGAAGAACCACUGGGGAUGAGUUUGACUAUCGGUGCUCUGUCUUGUUCUGCUACCACAAUUUUACUGCUCCAGAUAUUCAUUAAACACAGGGACACUCCCAUUGUCAAAGCCAAUAACAGGAACCUCACCUACACUAUCCUCAUCUUCCUUCUACUCUCUUUCCUUUGUGUUUUGUUAUUUAUUGGGAGACCAAAUGAAGUUGUGUGCAUUCUUCGACAACCAGCUUUUGGCAUUAUCUUCUCGGUGGCAGUUUCCUGUUUAUUGGCCAAAACCAUUGUGGUUGUCCUAGCAUUCAUGGCCACCAAGCCUGGGUCCAAAAUGAGGAGAUGUGUGGGGAAAAGAAUGGUGAGGUCCAUUGUACUUUCCUGCUCUCUUAUUCAAGUCAUCAUUUGUGCCUCAUGGCUGAUGACAUUCCCACCAUACCCAGAUUAUGACAAGCGUUCAAUCUCUCAAGAAAUCAUAUUAGAAUGCAAUGAAGGAUCGGUGACCAUGUUUUAUUGUGUCUUGGGUUUUAUGGGCUUUUUGGCUAUUAUCAGCUUCUCUACAGCUUUUCUAGCCAGGAAAUUACCUGACAGCUUCAAUGAAGCAAAAUUCAUCACCUUCAGCAUGUUUAUCUUCUGCAGUGUUUGGUUAUCUUUUGUUCCAAGCUACUUGAGUACCAAAGGAAAAUAUAUGGUGGCUGUGGAGAUCUUCUCCAUCUUAUCUUCCAGUGCUGGCUUGUUGGGUUGUAUCUUUGCCCCCAAGUGCUUUAUCAUCCUAUUCAGACCUGAACUAAACAACAAGCAUUUGCUCAUGAAGAGAUAA